CGGUGUGUUGUGGACUCGUGGUGCUGGCUGCCGCUGUUGAGGCGGCCGGGAACGGGCGGUGGGGAGCGGGCGGAGCUGGCCUUGCCUCUGCCUGGCUGGCGCCGCAGUCGGCGCGGGCCGCGCCCGCCGCCGUAAACUGCCCCGAGCGCCUGCUGAGGCCGAGGGAGACGUCGGGGCCUGCACCUGGAGGGAGCCUGCCGCGCUGGCCCCGAGGAGGGGGCGUUGCCAUGGCGACAGCCUCUCCCGCCGCAGACGGGGGGCGGGGGCGGCCCUGGGAAGGAGGGCUGGUCUCCUGGCCCCCUGCCCCUCCCCUUACUCUCCCCUGGACUUGGAUGGGUCCGAGUUGGGGGCAACACCCUGGGCAUUGGGGCUUUCCAGCUCUCACAGAACCUUCAGCAUCCCCAGCUGGCAGUCUUGGCAUCUUCGAAGUAAGGAGAGUUUUAGAUGCUUCUGGAUGUUCAAUGCUAGCACCUUUACAGACUGGAGCAGCUCGAUUUUCUUCAUAUUUACUUUCAAGAGCAAGAAAAGUGCUGGGCUCCCACUUAUUUUCUCCCUGUGGUGUUCCGGAGUUCUGCUCCAUAUCCACCAGAAAACUGGCGGCCCACGGCUUUGGCGCAUCCAUGGCGGCAAUGGUGCCCUUUCCUCCCCAGAGGUAUCACUACUUUUUAGUGCUGGACUUUGAGGCCACGUGCGACAAGCCACAGAUUCAUCCUCAGGAAAUUAUCGAGUUCCCCAUCCUGAAGCUAAAUGGUCGAACCAUGGAGAUUGAGUCUACCUUUCACAUGUAUGUCCAGCCCGUAGUCCAUCCACAGCUUACUCCCUUCUGUACAGAGCUCACCGGGAUUAUUCAAGCUAUGGUGGAUGGUCAGCCAAGCCUGCAGCAAGUACUGGAGAGGGUCGAUGAGUGGAUGGCGAAGGAAGGCCUCUUAGAUCCAAACGUCAAGUCAAUUUUUGUCACCUGUGGAGACUGGGACUUGAAAGUCAUGCUCCCAGGUCAGUGCCAGUACUUGGGCUUGCCAGUGGCGGACUACUUCAAGCAGUGGAUUAAUCUGAAAAAGGCUUACAGCUUCGCCAUGGGCUGCUGGCCCAAGAAUGGACUUCUAGACAUGAACAAGGGCCUCAGCCUGCAACACAUAGGCCGGCCCCACAGCGGCAUUGGAUCAUUGAAGGGUUUUAAGACAGGGAGUGAAAUGACCAGAUUUGUGGCUUAGAAGGACACCAUGGAGGAGAUUGGCGGGGGCACUGCUGUCUCCUAGGCUAACUCCCCUCACGGUUGGAAGAUGGCUUCUGCAGUCCCAGACAUUAUGUGCAGACAUGAAAACAUCCAGCAGAAUAUAAAGGACUAUUUCCUCCUCAUGUUUCUCUUCAUAAGAGUGAAGUUUUCCUUGAAGGUCUUUCAGCAAACUUACCCUCACAUCUCAGUAGCCAGAACCCAAGGCCACCCCUAAACCAAUGACCGGCAAGAGGGAUAGGAUCUCCACAAGUGGCUCAGACACAGAAGAUUCACCCUGGUCGUGUGAGGGAGGAGUGAGUUCUGCCAGGUUGGCAGAAAGGGAAUGGCUAUUGGGUGAGCAGUCAAAAGUAGGGAAGAAAGUGAAGAGAGGAGGUAGGUGGUUUAUCUGGAAAGAGUAGAGGUAUUAAUGUUUCAAGGUUCCAGUGAGAUGAAAGAAAAGUGUAUUAUUGCCAGUAACUAGGAAGAUUUGAAUUUAAUAUUUCAAAGGACGAGCAGUGGAGGAUGUUAAAAAGGUAGAGGGUGUAACUGUGGAAAUGAGUGGAAAUAAGAUACAGUAGAAAUGGUCAUUAGUGCUGAGGUCAAAGAACCAAGAGACUGGCAGCAAGUUUCUCAAAUGACAGGUUAUAGAGGCUAGGACAAGCAGGUCUCUUGAGAAGGAGGUAGCCAGGGUCUGGAUUGAUAGCACAUGCUCACAAGUAAGGUUUCACAUAGGCUGCUGGCACACAGGUCUGGGGCCAGGUCACAGGUGCCUGGGGCAAUACUGGCAAAUAGCCUAACCUCUCUGUAUCCCAAUGUUCCCAUUUUGGAAAAAAAAAUCUACCCUGGUUGGUCAGGCCACUCUGGAAAGGGGUAAGGCCAUCACCUUCCUAUUAAAGCCACUCAGGGACCUUCAGAAGAUAGUCCCUCAGGAGACCCCUAGGGACAGGGUAAGAUGGAAGCUUGGUUGGGGCAGAGAUGGCUGCCAGUAAUGGCAGAUGUGCUCAACUAUUCUCGGUAGCUGCCUCUUCUCCUUGCCCCUCCCCAUCCAGAUCCCCUUCACUUGGCUGUUAUCUGACUACCCUCUGGCACUUCCAGCUGUAGUAUUCCAGAGUCAGAAGGAGGGUGAGGCUUCUCAGCCCCUCUGUCUGGAUGGGGCCUUGGCUGGGAAUGAGAGGGGGAGGCGGGCACCCGUUGUCAUGGCCAGAACAGCCGCCCUGUUACUCUGGCGUAUUUCACUUUUAAUUCUGACAUAUAAUGUAAUGAUCUUUUUUAAGGCCCGAUGAUAUUAUCUGCCUGACUAGAUUAUUGAGUCUUCAUCAUCUCCAGAUAAAUUUAUGGCCAGGAUGAGGCUCAGGAUUUAUCAUCAGUCAAUAGAGCUCGAUACUCUAACAAGGCGUGUAAUAAGAUAUACAUAUUUAAUGAUCCAAGGGGAGGAGCGCUAAUGGGAGCCCAGAGUGAGUGGUCCACAGGGCUGGGGCUCUGCCCUAGGGCUGCCAUAGCUGUAGGGGCAUGGAUGUGGUCUCUGCCCUGUGGUCCCCAACUCUGGCCUGUCUCAUGACCACCUGAGACUCUUCCUUGUUACGAUCCAGAGGGAGAGGCAGACAGGGAAAGGAAGAGGAGGCAGUAGGGACAGUGUCAGAGCUGGGGCCUAGGCCUCUUCAGCCCAAAGGAUGUAGAGACGCCCCAACAGAGAAGUCCUCUCCUUGCUUCUGGGCCCGGGGUAGGGGAGUAGCGAUGUCCUUAGACCUGUACGCCCAGGCCCCUGAGCAUUAGGGCGGGCCCACAAGGGGAGGGAGUGCCGGGGCUGCGUGCCCAGGCCGCGCUGAUGGUGACGGAUGGUUUUUCAUUACAGCCUCUCAGGUCCUGCCCGCGCCCUGUGUGGAAAUUCUAUUUAUUCCCUAAUUUGUAAAAAUUCCCUCUUUAUCUGAUCCCAAUCAGGGCGGGGUAAUUGGCUCUCUGGGGCAGCGGCUGGGGUCCUUGAUGAAGAGCUAUGUGGAUGUACCCAGCCCGGCCCCCACCCAGCCCGCCACCAGGGCCCACAAUUAAUAAUGAUUUGCAAAUGGCAGACAAGCAAUAACACAGAAAGAUGUGGCGUCCGUGCUGCCUCUUCAUUUCCUCCCCUCGCAGAUAUAAAUGGCCACAGAACAAAAACCCAGCACUAUAAAUUCUGGAAUUAGUUAUUCACUGCGAUAAAUGGGGCCUAGAGCCACCAGCCCCUCUCCCACCACCCUUCUUGCCUGCUUUCCCUGAUGAAGGUCUGUCCCCAGGUGUGUUCCUGGGCCUGACCCCUGCUCCUCUGUAUCUUUGGCUCCUGACACAUUUCCCUAGCUCCCUCCUAGACCCUGGACUAUAGCUACCCUUUCCUGUGUGGCCCAUAGUUGGGAGUGGUCACCUGCUUUGGAUCUGUAGCUUCCUCAGGCUCUGCCUCUCACUGACCUGUCUUGGCUACCCAAGCUGGCCCUGUCCCCACUCUGCACUAGGGUUUGAAUGGAGGUGACAGGUCCUGCCUGGCCCGGGAGUCUGGAUAAGAUUUGGUCUUGGGUGUCUUCUUUGGCAUUUGGGACCAAUCCAGUCCAUUUGCCUGGCCAAGUGUGAGUUGGGCUCCUAGUAGCCAAAUGUGAUGUAAGUGACAUAAGGGCUUUGAUGCCUGCUUACUGGCCAGGCUGUUGUGGGAUGUUGGCACAAGCGUUUCCGGGCACUAUGCCCUCUCGGCCAGGCGCAUCCUCUCCCCGCCCCCCAAGUGGCUGUGAGCUGGCGGGUAAUGGGCGUGUAAUGGCCUCAUUUCCAUGCCCGGCCUCCAGGAGCGGCGGUAAGUGUUUGAUUGCCUUAAUUUCCAAACACAUCAUUAUCCCAGCUUUACCAGCGCUUAAUAAACACUUUAUGAGGAUUUUUUUAAAAACAUCUUCGGUCCGCAUACUUCUCUGAAGUGAUAAACUCUAAUUAAGUCUAAUAUUUAAAAAUAUGGUAAUGGUGAGUUGUUUGAAUAAGUGGACUGCAUUUCUGUAAUUUCAUUAUUACGUAAAACACGCUAAUUAUUUGGAGCGCGCUUAUUACGGAGAGAGAAAUCGCCUGCUAAUCAAGAUGAAAUUGCCUUUUCCCCUUAUUGUGGAACCACCGUCAUCCUUCACCAUCAGCCCUGUGGCACCUCCAGGCACCUCGGUGGGGUGGAGGGGGCAGCAGGGAGGGGCUGGAAGAAGGGGUCACUUUGGAGUUGAGGCUAUAAGGGCCCUGCCUUGCGGGAAGCAGAGGGAGGUAUGGGAGCCGUGUCUGUGGGGAGAGGAGUCUAUAUCUGGGAGUGGUGUCGGGUGGGCCAAGGUAGCCCUGUCUGGGCUCCCAGGGGACUAUGUGGGCCAUGUCUGGGACAAGGAACAGGGGGUUGUGGGAUAUCAGUAUUACUGCUGGAAUAACAUUAUUAUUGGGUAUUAUUGGAAUAGCAACCACAAUAAUAAUCACUAACCCAGCCACUGUUUUAAGUACUUCACAAAUAAAAACUCAUUUCAUCUUUUCAACAACCCUUUGAGGGAUGUAGUUACUAUAAUUAUCAUUAUUGUUCCCAUUUUAGAAAAGAAGAAACCAAGACACAGAGAGGUGAAAUAAAAGUAUGGUAACUUGCUCAA